CAUUCCACACACACACAAUUUACAGAAAGACCCUGAAAGAAAGAAAGAAAGAAAGAAAGAAAACAUAAUAAUGGCAACAUUCCCAGUUGUGAACAUGGAGAAACUCAAUGGAGAAGAAAGAGGUGAAACAAUGAACCUCAUCAAUGAUGCUUGUGAAAACUGGGGAUUCUUUGAGAUUGUGAAUCAUGGGAUAUCAACUGAGCUUCUGGACACUGUGGAGAAGAUGACAAAAGGGCAUUACAAGAAGUGUAUGGAGGACAGGUUCAAAGAUAUGGUUGCUAGCAAAGGCUUAGAAGCUGUUCAGAAUCAAAUUGAUGAUCUAGACUGGGAGAGCACUUUCUAUAUCCGCCAUCUACCCGAAUCCAACAUUUCUGAGAUCCCUGAUCUCGAAGACGAGUAUAGGAAGGUGAUGAGGGAAUUUGCUAAAGAGCUAGAGAAACUGGCAGAGAAUAUUUUGGACAUAUUUUGUGAGAAUUUGGGGUUAGAGAAGGGUUACUUGAAGAAGGCUUUCUAUGGUGCUAAGGGUCCCACUUUCGGGACCAAGGUCAGCAACUAUCCUCCAUGCCCUAAGCCCGACCUUAUCAAGGGUCUCCGGGCCCACACCGAUGCGGGUGGCGUCAUCUUGCUCUUUCAGGAUGAUAAGGUCAGUGGACUCCAGCUCCUUAAAGACGACAAGUGGAUUGAUGUACCGCCGAUGCACCAUUCCAUUGUCAUUAAUCUAGGUGAUCAGCUGGAGGUGAUCACUAAUGGAAGGUACAAAAGUGUGAUGCAUAGAGUGAUUGCUCAGCCAGAUGGGACCCGCAUGUCGAUAGCAUCGUUUUACAACCCUGGAAGUGAUGCGGUCAUCUAUCCUGCGCCACAACUAGUAAACAAGGAAGAAGAGAAGAGCAACAUUUACCCCAAAUUCGUGUUUGAGGACUACAUGAAGCUCUAUACCGCGGUCAAGUUUCAGGCAAAGGAGCCUCGGUUUGAAGCUAUGAAGACCGUGGAAGAUAGGGUUAACUCGGGCCCGAUUGCAACGGCUUAAGGUCAAGGAACCGACGAUAAAUAUGGUGUUCAUGUGUGCGUGUGGGUAUUUAGUUAAAUAAAGUUACGAGGUAUUAUACGUAAUUAAAAAAAUGAAAUGUGUUGGGCGUAUGUAUAUUCAUAGGUCUUGCUAUGAACGGUUUGUAGAACACCAUAUCUUGAAACACAGUAAUGAAAUAUAUAGUUGUGUAUCAUUUCUGCA